AGACAGCACAUACCAUGAAAUCAUCAACAGAGAUCUUUGUUUCAACAAAUCUAAAUUUUUUGCUGUAAUUUUGGUUUCCCAUUUCUCCCUUAUCUCUCUCUCUAUCCAUAGUCUCUUUCCUCCUUUCCUCAUCCCUCGCUCUCUGUAAUAAAUAAUAAUUAUUACCAACUCUUCCGCCAUUGGAUCUGCCCUUCCUUCCCCUUCUGGCAAAAAGGGUCAGUCUGCUCCUGGGAUUACAUUUUUUUUUAUAAUUUUGGAGGAGUGCUGGUGCUUGGGGAAAAUAGAGCUUAGGAAAGAAAAUAAAAAAAAUUGGUGGCUAAUAAUUACUUUAUUAUUGUCUGGAUCUGUGUAAUGUGCAAUCAUAUAGAAGAUAUCUUAGUUGGGGUUGAGUUGUAUUGCAAGUUGUCUUGAUGAUUCAUGAUCAAUUAAACCCUUAGUACAUAACAUCUGUUGAGGAGGUCAUUUUGUAUAAUGGGUUGAGUACAAAGAUCAGGUUUCUGGGGGGAGUUGAGGAGGGGAUUUUAUAGAUUAAUAACAAGCAAGAAGUUGGAUUAGGUUUGUGGUUUUGGGAUGAAUCAUAGAAGUGCAAAGGAUGGGGAUACUGAAGUUGAUCUUGAAAGUGGAUUGCCACUAAUUGAAGAUGAUUCAAAGACAUUAUUUGCUAAGGUUUCUGGUGGGUUUGCUGGAGGUUCUGUUAAAGGUGAUGAUGGGCCAAGUUUAUGCUGCAAUGAACCAAGUUUAAGUGAAGUAUCUGCAGAUGUGAUGAUAGUAACAAACAAGCCAAUGAUGGGGAGAGAUUCGGCAAACCGUGCCCAACAAACCCCAGUGAGGGAGAAACGGAAAAAGGCCAGUAAUAAAAAGGCUCCCAAACCUCCAAGACCUCCACAAGCUCCAUCAUUGGAUGCAGCUGACAAUAAGCUAAUCAGGGAGAUAUCUGAACUUGCCAUGUUGAAGCGCGCGAGGAUAGAGCGUAUGAAAGCUUUGAAGAAGAUGAAAGUUGUUAAAUCAUCAUCACCAUCAUCUUCCAAUACCAGCAGCCUUUUGGCUAUGGUUUUCACUGUUGUCUUCUUUGUUGUGAUAAUAUUCCAAGGCAUGUCAUCCGGUAAAACCUCAGUGGCAAGUUUCCAGGGAUCACCUGUAUCUGCAGGAGAAUCAGAGGGUGGUUUAAUUUCAGUUCAGUACCAACUCAAUCCUUCUGCAGUUGACUCAAAUGCUCCUGGUUCAGAGUCUCACUAGUAGAAUUUGGGUUUUUUCCAAUCCAGUAGAAGAAAUUAAAUAUAGAGCAUGGACUUGGGCCAAAGCUUACGUGCCAAGUUUUGAUUCUUCUCUGUAUGCGUGGAAUCUUCAGCCUAGGGAGUGCUUGCAGCAUAUGCCAUAAUAGUGUGGAGUAAGCUGAGUGGGUUUUGGUUGGGUAAAAUAUGAGAUUAGAUACAGGCAUAGGCAUAAUAGAUGAGCGGGAUAUUCGUGUUGCAUGUUUAUUAAGUUGGUUCCUUACAAAAACUUCUAUGUUAGUAUGUUGUUUGUAAUUCUAAGUUGGAUUUUGGCACUUCUUAUGACAGAUUCAACUUCACAUAUUAAUAUACAUACUUCUUAGC